UGGCCCACGUACAAGUCAUUGGAUUCAGAGUCAUAUUUGAUAUCACAUAUCACCUAAUUUCCUCUAGAAUACCAGCAAAGAAAAACUAUAGUAUUAAUAAGGUAUUGAAAUGGAUAUGCAUCAGUUAGGAGAUUCAAUGUAGCUCAAUUUAGAUUAGUCGGGAAACCCACUAGAAUUGGCCUAAUGGUGUGGGGUUUGAGUAGUAUAUACAAAAUCUUAGGUUCAAACUUUGUUGUCAUCAUUUGAAAAAAAAAAUCAUAUUAGUCAGGAUCCAAAGUGACAUACCAAGGUAUGAGACCAAAAAGAAAAAAAAUAGGUAUGCAUCGGUUCUGAGAUUCACUUUGAGGAUUUAUCCAAUAACAAAAUCCUAAAGUUGGUUUUGGAUGUAAAGAUGAUUUUCUUCUCCAAAAUCCAAUUGAGCAGUGGAACCAAGUAUUGGUUCUAGAUAUUUAUCCACACUAAUUUUCUAAGCUAUACGUAUAAAUUACAACACUUUUGCAGUUUGUAGGAAAAUUCAAAUGUAUGCUGUUUGCUGCAUUAUACUUCAGAAGAGUAAUUGAGUUUUUACUUUUUACUUUUGCCAAUCAACAUAUUUAGAGUAGAAAAAAGAUGCUGAUGUGUGCAAUAAUUUAAGUUAACUUUAAAUCAUGUUGUUGCUUUAUCCAAAAUGCAUUUCCGAGAAAGAAAUAUGUGCAGACAUUAUUGGAGAGUUUGGUUCAAAUCCCUUUAGGAUCAUUUGAAUAUUUUGCCCAAAUGGAAUGUAUAACUUAUAAUAAUAAUAGAGGGCGUCUUUUUUCCCCAUAUCAAGUGAUCACCUGAGAGACAAAGCUCUAGAAAAACCAUGUGGUAUUGACUUUGUCGGACAGCUGCAAGUUCAGGGACUUAUGUAACAGUUUAUGUUAUUAUAAGGGGACAUUGAUAUUAGCAUUUUCCAUUAUCAGUUUCCUUGUUCUUCUCUUGUUGACAUAGUUUUCCCUUUCUCAAAAUUUGAAGAAAACAAUACAGAUGAGUUGCAUAACAUUAUAAGUCAUCAGUAUUCAAAUUAUUAAGUUCUUCAGUUUCUUAUUAGUUGUUGUGGGCAUAAGGAUCAGAAAUCUGGUGUAACUUCCAAAGAUGAGGACACCACAUCUAUAAAUUGAAGUUCUUGCAGAGUUAUAUGCAAAUAAAUGAGGUUGUGAGGGUCAUUUUUAUAUGAAAGUUGAGAAUUUGUGCAGGCUUUCAAGUAGAGGUUUUUUUCUUGACCAUUGGGUAUAUAUCACAAUAAGUAGAUAUGAAGUUCAUGAAACUUGGAACAAGACCAGAUACUUUUUACAGUGAACAAGCUACCAGGAGUCUUGUUUCAGAUAUACCAGCUGAUCUUGUGAUAAAAAUCUAUGACACUACUUAUCUGCUACACAAGUCUUCACUUCUCCCAAAAUGUGGCCUUCUACAAAGACUUUGCUCAGAUUCUAGUGGUUCUGAGAAUGUUCCUCUAGAGCUUCAUGAUAUGCCUGGAGGGGCAGAUGCUUUUGAACUCUGUGCUAAGUUCUGCUAUGGAGUUUCAAUCAACAUCAGUGCUCAUAACUUUGUACCUGUACUUUGUGCUGCUAGACUCCUCCAAAUGAACGAGUCCAUUGAGAAGGGGAACUUUGUAAGCAAACUUGAGGCUUUCUUCAAUUCAUGCAUUCUUGAAGGAUGGAAAGACUCUAUUGCAGCACUACAGGCCACUGACAAGUUACCGGAGUGGUCUGAGAAUCUUGGCAUAACAAGAAAAUGCAUUGAUUCAAUUAUUGAGAAAAUUCUCACACCCCCACCACAGGUCAAAUGGUCCUACACCUACACUAGGCCUGGUUAUACCCGAAAACAGCAUCAUUCAGUCCCAAAGGAUUGGUGGACUGAGGAUGUGUCCGAUCUUAACAUAGAUCUUUUCAGGUGCAUAUUAAUGGCUAUUAGAUCAACAUAUGUGCUCCCACCACAGCUUAUUGGUGAAGCCUUGCAUGUCUAUGCCUGUAAGUGGCUACCCGGCAUCACAAAGCUUAAAAGUUCAUUCAAUUCAGCAACACAAACAGAAGAAUCUAAAGCAGUGAGCCGAAAAAUUCUGGAGACAAUUGUGAGCAUGAUUCCUGCUGAUAGAGGGUCAGUUUCAGCUGGCUUCUUGUUAAGGCUUCUCAGCAUUUCAAGCCCUCUUGGUGUCUCCCCAGUGACCAAAACAGAACUGAUAAAGAGAGCCAGCAUACAGUUUGAGGAGGCAACAGUGAGUGACCUCCUUUAUCCUUCAACAUCCCCUUUGGACCAAAACUUUUAUGACACGGAGUUAGUCCUAGCAGUGUUGGAAAGUUACUUGAAGUUUUGGAAAAGAAUCUCCCCUGGUGCUGUGGAUAACAGGCACUUGAUAAAAUCAAUCAGAAAUGUUGGUAAGCUCAUUGAUUCCUAUCUUCAAGUGGUGGCAAGGGACGAUAAUAUGCCAGUGUCAAAGUUUGUCUCCCUGGCUGAAACUGUGCCGGCUAUUGGCCGAUUAGAGCAUGAUGAUCUCUACCAGGCUAUCAACAUCUAUCUUAAGGUGCAUCCAGACCUGAGCAAAGCAGACAAAAAGCGCUUGUGUGGGAUUCUGGAGUGCCAAAAGCUGACCCCAGAAGUGCGUGCACAUGCAGUCAAAAAUGAAUUUCUGCCGUUGAGAACUGUGGUGCAGCUCCUCUACUUUGAACAAGAAAAAGAUUCAAAGGAAACCACUAGUUCCAAGCUGCAAAAGUCACAUGAUCUACUUCUAGGAGCAAAGAAGAGACCAGCCACUAGAGAUAGCCAUGGCAAGCGAUCUUUAGUAAACAAAGAAGAAGUCACAAGAAGAAUCUCCCAUGCUGAAAGUAGAGAAAAGGGUCAACACAAAACUAAAAGAUCAGAUGGUAAGUUGGCAUUGGACUUGGAAAAAAAGAUGGCUAUAAGAGGAGACACUGAAGAUAUAAUAGGGUCAGAAAAGUUAAGGGGAGCCAAAGAUGAAAGAAUGUCAAGCAGCAACUCAGACUUGGAUACUAAGAAAAACAUACAAAGGGCAAGAAGCAAAAAAUCAGAACAUGGCCGUGAAAAGGGAAGAUAGAGAUAAUAGUGAUUAUACUCUUUGAAACACUCAGAGCAAUCUUCAUUUCCCUAUAUAUGAACUUAGUAGCCUCUAUUCUUAUCAUUUCUUUUUUACACAUGUCAUAAAUGUAAGCAAGGUAUUGUCCUUUAUAGUAUCUAUAACUGUUAAAGAGUUAUAUUUAUCAAAGAGGUCAUUGCAACAAAUACAGUUGACUUCUCUCAGAUUGAUACUAUUUUCAUCACAUUUCAAUUGCCUUAUAUAAAAAGGAAUAAAACCCAUUA